CUUUCCUCCACCGCUCUAGGAGCAGUCGCCGCGGCUCAGGCGCCAGAGCGCGCGCACACACCACGCCACGCCCGCGGGCAACGUCCCCGCAGCCCCUCUCCCGACCGACCGGGGAGGACGCCCGAUCUUGCGCACCAGCCCGCACCGAGCCGAGGCGACUCCGGACUCGCGCCCCACCCCGCCUUGGGUCCUCUUGAAUCCCAAAGGGAACACCAUGUGAAUCCCCCGGCCGGGAGAGGCCCCCCGAGACCCGAGAGGUGGACCGGACUAGAGCCUGGGCGGGGAGGGGAGGGCCGGGGCUGCGGGGGCGGAGCCCGCAGAGUGCCGGCCACCGCGCCCUCCCGCCUGCCCCCUCGGAGGCUGGGGAGGAGGGCCAUGGCCAGCCCGGAGGAGCGGCUUUCUCCCCGCCCCCAGGCCUCGCCGCCAGAGGCUAGGGACGAGUCCGGCCCAGGCCAAGUCCGCCUGGAACCCCGGCAAGGCUCGGCCGGCGGGCGGAGUGCAGUGGGCCUGAGCCUGGCCCGGGAGCUGGCUGGCUGCGGCCGGGAGGAGCUUAUGGCGCCCCCGCCCCUGUCCCGGUCCCUGUCUCCCGCAGGCCACGCCAGCCCCGCUGGGGGCCCCAGCGCCCUCUCCGUUCUCAGAGCCGGUGGCUGCGGCUGGGUGGCUGCCCGUGCUCCCUCGGCGCUCGCCUUCUCCUCCUCUAUCCCCUCCUCCUCCUUUUCAUCUUCCUGGUACUUCUGGCCCCCGCCCCCCCUGCCCCCUCCCCCCCUCAUCCCCUCCUCAUCUGCCUUCCACCUCCCCGUGCGUCUCCCGAGAAGGGAGGGCGCAGUGGCGGCUGGAGGAGGAGGCGGCGGCGAUGCUGGCGGCGGCGGAGGAGGAGGACAAGAGGCAGCUCCCUUGAGCGUCCCCCCAGGCAGUAGUCACCGCAGCGGCGGUGGCAGCGGCGGCGGCGGCGGGCGGCGGCUCUUCCUCUCGCCUGCGAUCCAAGGCUUGCUGCUCCCAGCCCGCACCGGGCCCCGGCCACCUCCGCCGCCGAGGCUUCCCCUCCACCCGGGCGCGCGCCGCGCGGACUCCCCGGGCUUUCCGGGCGCCGGCGGGGGCUGCCCUAGCCUCAGCCCCGGCUCUGCAGCCGGUGGCCGAACUCCGUGGCCACCCCGAGGCGCCGCCUUUCCCCUCGCCACCGCUUGGCCGCUGCUCUUCGGCUCCGACAUGGAAGAUGGACCUUCUAACAAUGCGAGUUGCUUCCGAAGGCUGACCGAGUGUUUCCUCAGCCCCAGUUUGACGGAUGAAAAAGUGAAGGCUUAUCUUUCUCUCCACCCCCAGGUGUUAGAUGAAUUUGUUUCUGAAAGCGUUAGUGCAGAGACUGUAGAAAAGUGGCUGAAGAGAAAAAACAACAAAGUGGAAGAUGAGCCGACUCCUAAGGAAGUCAGCAGGUACCAGGACACGAACAUGCAGGGAGUCGUGUACGAGCUGAACAGCUACAUAGAGCAGCGCCUGGACACAGGCGGGGACAACCACCUGCUCCUGUACGAGCUGAGCAGCAUCAUCAGAAUAGCCACAAAAGCCGACGGAUUUGCACUGUACUUCCUUGGAGAGUGCAAUAAUAGUCUGUGUGUGUUCACACCGCCCGGGAUAAAGGAAGGUCAACCCCGACUCAUCCCCGCGGGUCCCAUCACACAGGGUACCACCAUCUCUGCUUACGUGGCCAAGUCCAGGAAAACACUGCUAGUCGAAGACAUCCUUGGGGAUGAGCGGUUCCCAAGAGGCACUGGCCUAGAAUCAGGGACUCGAAUCCAGUCUGUCCUUUGCUUGCCCAUCGUCACUGCCAUCGGAGACUUGAUUGGCAUCCUUGAACUGUACAGACACUGGGGCAAAGAAGCCUUCUGUCUCAGUCAUCAGGAGGUUGCAACAGCCAAUCUUGCUUGGGCUUCCGUAGCAAUACACCAGGUGCAGGUGUGCAGAGGUCUUGCCAAACAGACCGAACUGAAUGACUUCCUGCUUGAUGUUUCAAAGACGUACUUUGAUAACAUAGUUGCCAUAGACUCUCUACUUGAACACAUCAUGAUAUAUGCAAAAAACCUAGUGAACGCAGACCGCUGCGCACUCUUCCAGGUGGACCACAAGAACAAGGAGCUGUACUCAGACCUGUUUGACAUUGGGGAGGAGAAGGAGGGGAAGCCCGUCUUCAAGAAGACCAAGGAGAUCAGAUUUUCCAUCGAGAAGGGGAUUGCUGGCCAAGUGGCAAGGACAGGGGAGGUCCUGAACAUUCCUGAUGCUUACGCGGACCCACGAUUUAACAGGGAAGUGGACUUGUACACGGGCUACACCACACGGAACAUUCUGUGCAUGCCCAUCGUGAGCCGCGGCUGUGUGAUUGGCGUGGUGCAGAUGGUGAACAAGAUCAGCGGCAGUGCCUUCUCCAAGACAGACGAGAACAACUUCAAGAUGUUUGCCGUCUUCUGCGCCCUGGCCUUGCACUGUGCUAACAUGUACCACAGGAUCCGCCAUUCGGAGUGCAUCUACAGGGUCACCAUGGAGAAGCUGUCCUACCACAGCAUCUGUACCUCAGAGGAGUGGCAAGGCCUCAUGCGCUUCAGCCUGCCGGCGCCCAUCUGCCGAGAGAUAGAGCUGUUCCACUUUGACAUUGGUCCUUUCGAGAACAUGUGGCCUGGGAUCUUUGUCUACAUGAUCCAUCAGUCUUGUGGGACAUCCUGCUUUGACCUUGAAAAAUUGUGCCGUUUCAUCAUGUCCGUGAAGAAGAACUAUCGGCGGGUUCCUUACCACAACUGGAAGCACGCUGUCACGGUGGCACACUGCAUGUACGCCAUACUUCAAAACAACUAUGGCCUCUUCACGGACCUCGAGCGCAAAGGCCUGCUGAUCGCAUGUCUGUGCCACGACCUGGAUCACAGGGGCUUCAGUAACAGCUACCUGCAGAAAUUCGACCACCCCCUGGCGGCCCUGUACUCCACCUCCACCAUGGAGCAGCACCACUUCUCCCAGACAGUGUCCAUCCUGCAGCUGGAAGGACACAACAUCUUUUCCACCCUGAGCUCCAGCGAGUACGAGCAGGUGCUGGAGAUCAUCCGAAAAGCCAUCAUCGCCACCGACCUCGCUCUGUACUUUGGGAACAGGAAACAGUUGGAGGAGAUGUACCAGACAGGGUCACUGAACCUCCACAACCAGUCACAUCGAGACCGUGUAAUUGGGCUGAUGAUGACUGCCUGUGACCUUUGUUCUGUGACAAAACUUUGGCCAGUUACAAAACUGACAGCCAAUGACAUCUACGCAGAAUUCUGGGCUGAGGGUGAUGAAAUGAAGAAACUGGGAAUACAGCCCAUCCCUAUGAUGGACAGAGACAAGCGAGACGAAGUCCCUCAAGGGCAGCUUGGAUUCUACAAUGCCGUGGCCAUUCCCUGCUACACCACCCUGACACAGAUCCUCCCGCCCACGGAGCCGUUGCUCAAGGCCUGCAGGGAUAAUCUCAACCAGUGGGAGAAGGUGAUUCGAGGGGAGGAGACUGCGUUGUGGAUCUCAGGCCCGGCAGCUGGCAAAGGGGCGUCCGAGAAGCUGCCCGUGAAGGUUGAUGACUGACCCUGACACCCUGCCCGGCCAGAGACUGACUCACAUCCCGCUUCUUUGACUUCAUUCUUUUUAUUUUCAAGGGGUGCAAACCUCUCCCAGAAGGUACCGUUGCACACGCCGCACACACAUGUGAGGCAGAGGACUUCCUGCUUGCCGCACAUGGCUGGGACCGUGAGCGACCCCGGGCUCCGCCAUCUUCAGACAUUCAGGCUCUUCUGUGGCCCCACCCGACUUCUGAAUGCCACUCGCUCACACGCCAGCACUGCAGUGGCUGGGGGAGAGCAGAGACCACAGGAGGGGUUCUUACCCAUGUCCUUCCAUGAGGGCGUGGCCAGCACCCUGUUCUGGGCUCUGCCUCUGACAGUAAUGCUGCUAGCUGGCACUGGUUAUAAAUAGGACACACACGUCCCUGUCGUGAAGUUCACACGUGACCUCCUCGUAGGUAACUGAGUUGGAGCCUGGGACACAAGUCACAGGGCCACAGGUGAUAGAGAACUCCCAGUUGUUGAUUUAGGCAGACCGUAGGUGUGUUCUUUCAGUUCAUUUGGGGACGCGUAGGUGAGUCAGCUCCACUCUGACGGAAGCAGAACUCUGCCCUGGAGAUUCGGGGUGCACCCCAGGCUCCCGAGAACCGCAGCUCUCACUUCAAACCAUGUCAAGGAAUUAAAACACUCCCCUGCCCCUUCCCCACCACUGUAGCCUUUGGCAACUUUACCAAACCCUUUGCACAAAAAAAAGAAAAAAAAAAAUAAAAGUAAGGUGUAUAAAUUUUCUCCAGCAAGCAAAUCUUAUGAGUAAAAAAACAAAAUAUGUGAAUUUUAAUAAUUUCUUUAUAUUUUCACUGUGUGUUAUGCCAGAAUUUUAGUCACAUCUAAAAUGAAAGAUUAUUCUAGAAGGCUCUUCAUUCCAUGUCGCACUCCCCUCACAGGCACUGAGAGUGUGGCCUUAGUCUCCUGGAGAGCCGAUGCCUCCCCUGACUGUGCAGUCAGGCCUGACAGGAGGAGGCUUGGGGCCACCGCACUGACCUUGAUUGUGUCUUCUCUGCUGCUCUCACCAUUCAGACCUCCACAAAGAACGCCGUGUGCGGCUAGUUCUCCUGUAUGGCUUUCUGGUGACUGCUGCUGUGCAAAGUUAGAGAAGCCGGCAGAACCCUCUGGUCCCUUCCUGUGGGUCCUAAAGAAGUCACAGGCUCAUGCCCUGAGGACUCUCAGGACAGUGGCAUGGAGACCAGAGGAUCCGUGGUUGGCUCACUUAGUGAGCCUUGGGAAGGUAGAGACAGAUCAGAAACAAAUGUCUCACUCACCGCUCUGGCAGGAGUAUGAAAAGUUGCUUUAAAACGAAUUUUUGGAAUAGACUUCGAUAUACACAGGAGUGUGGCAUUUGCAAAAUCUAUUCAGCCCCCCCCCACACAUACUGAUAUAUGUUGUAGCAGAAUGGGCUGAAUACAAAUCUUGUUCUUACUUUACAUUAACACGGUGUGCUCAGUUCCCUCAUGGGCUUCUAAACGGUUGCCAUCUGCCCUACGCACCACUCCAUUUCCUGAUGUCACCAUACAAACUAGAAGGUGAUGCCGGUGGGAGAAGCUACCACAACACCAUGGCUGUGUGUGUAUGCAUGGUUUGGAGACAAAUACACAGAUGUAUUUAUGGCACACACACAUGAGACAAAAGGAGAGAAGAGAAAGAAGCAAGCGUUUGUAAAAAAUGACAGUCACCCUCCACUCAAGAGCAGUGGUUUUCCACGUUGGGAAUCAGGUCGCUCUCCAUAAGGAGAUGACGGUAGUGUCCUUCUGUGAGUGUUGACCAAGGCAAGCCCACUUUCCGCAUACAAACAUGCGACCCUGGAUUCAACAAGAAGCCACUCUGUCAGCACAAGCUGGUCAUCCAUCUUGGAAGCUGAAUUGCAAGAGGGGGCAGCAUUUAAGAUGAUUGUUUUAACUCGGGCAUUCUGAAGGCACGUGUUGAAUUCUGUCCCCGAGUAUGUAAAAGGACCCUGGUGGUGGGAAUCCUAUGCCGGCUCUAGCAUUUCAUGGUUGCUGUGGUAAUAGGGAUAGCACAGAAGUCUCUUUUAAUUUGACCUAGCCAAAUGGUGUGGCCUAGGAAUUUAUUGGCCGGUCAAUCUCAUGUGAAAUAUUGUCACAUGAAAAGCAGGAGUGAUAGAAGGCUAUACUGAGAAGACCUUUGUAACGUUCUCACCACGUGCCAAGACUCAGGAGGCAUAGAUUUGCCCAAAAUAAAAGAGGCCAGGAUGCAGCUGUAUUUAGUUAAUAUUUUAUUUUAGAAUUCAUGCAGUCAAGAGUGUUGUUUAUGUCCUAGCAAAUAUAUUUAGCGGACAAGAACUUGAAUUUUGCCUCUAAGCUUCUUCCCACCUCCCCCCCCAUGUGUUUUUCUCACAAAAGGUUUCCAGGAAUUUCUCAUUAAUGUCUGAUGCAAACUGGGUGACUAAUAAUGAAUAUAAACAGAAUUUUUCAGUUUACCAAGAUUAUAUUAUUUAUGAUCAUUUGUAAUGUUCAAAUUUUAUAGCCCUGGUAAUUGAUUUCAUUUCUUUCCACACUUUGUGGUGUCUUUGUAUCUGGGAAAAUGUUCUUGGAUAGUGAAAUGCAUGCCAACACCAACCUGAAGUAUUGGGCCUGGGCAGUGGAAUACAGUCCUAAAAUUUGUAAACAUCCGUCAGUUGUCAGUUCCACAUUAGAGCCCAUGGGUGGCCCUGGUAAAAAGCAUGCUGGGGCAACAGUCAGCCUUCUACCUUUCUAGGAUGCUCUCUUCCUAGGGAGAGCAGUUGAAUCCUGUCCCCAGCUCCCUCUAGCUGGAAAAGCAUGCUGUCUGCUGUCACUGGUGAUGCUCCAAGAUGACUCACUCCCACAACAGCAAAGACAGAGUCAGUUUGAUCUGACCGGCUUAGUGUAGCUCUCUCUUUUAUUUUUUAGCAUGUGUUGGCAUUUUUGUUUCAUACACACUCAGUGAAUUCUGCCUUCUCAGUGUGUUCAUACAUGUGCUAGCCAUGUUAGCACAGCCAGCCUGUUGCUGCACGAUGCCUUAGGAGACCGGGCCUUUAAAUGGGCUUAGUUUGGCCUAGAGAGUUUCUGCUCUCUUAGAUCUAAAUUAAGGCCUCAGCUUUAACAGGACUAAAAUAUUCGCCAUGCCUUGGCCUGUGCCUUUAUUUUAAAUGCUGGCUUUCCCCCUUUCUCUCUGGGGCUCACUUUUCACCCUUUGCAAAUGUAAAGGACAGCAUUUAAAGGGGCAUGUUCCUGGUUGGUCCAUCAGGCUCCCCUCAUCACCCCACUUCAGUGACAUCUACCCUGGUGACAUUGUCAGGAACUAUGACUCCAGCUGGAGGCGCAGUUCUUCUGGGUUCUGGCUCCCCAGCUGGCUUUGCCUUUGAAAGUGUCUUCUCUCUGUAUAUUCCAACCCUGAGUUUGCUCUGCUGAGACUGUGUGUUCUGGGAUUCUUGGAAGACGAUUCAUCCAGUCACAGACUCCUCCAGCUGCAAGUGACAGUUGUGGUGACAUCUGAGUUAGUCACAUGGAUGUCAGCCAUGGCUUCCCCUUACAUGGCCGUUAUAUUUCCACGUGUAAGUCUUUGUUGCUGUCCAUUUGACUGACAUUAUUUAUACUAAGUUGAAAUUAGAGAUCUCCCAUGGAGAACACUGUUUAAACAAAGUUUUAUCAACAAGAGUAUUUAAGGUAUUUUAUGCAAUGACAGAAACAGAACAAAGAAAGAAAAAUGCUUUUAGAGGUGUCCUUGUUGCCGGUGGGGAGUGAAGAACAGCAUUGCUAGUAUGAAGAAAAACACACUUAGAACCCAGAGAACCACCUGCCUGUGUCGCAUGCUUUGUCCCUGCUCAGUAGAGGAAAGCAGUGCUUUCCAGGCCCCGAGAGUCUCCCUGCUCCUUACUGUAACUGUGAGGAUUUGUAGCUGAAACAGCACACCUGAGUCUGGCCCUGAGGGGGCACAGAAACAUGCCCGAAUGCCAGGGCGGAACCACAGCUGAAUACAGCGUCUGCCACAAAGGAAGUCAGCGCACUUUCUCAGUGCUUAAUCUCCAGGUACUCUACAUUUAUCCCUUAUGUAAAUUAACUCCCCAGACACUGGUUAUUGUGUAGCCCUCCAAAAUCACAAUUCUAUCAUGGGCAUCCCCACUCUCUCUUUCGGUUUGGUCACCCUAACCCUAGUCUUAUGCUGUAUCUAGAAUAGUGAGUAUAAAUGACGUGUGGGAAUACUGUUUCCAUAUGAUCUGUUGUAUGGAGUAUAUGCUACAUGUUCAUUUCCUGUACACAGGAAAGUGCAGUUGAUUGAUGCUCAAAAGUAUCUCUGUAUAGUGCCCCGCCUAUUUAAAAAUCACGUACUUGCCCAGAACACUGUGAAAUGCUUCGCAAAACUACAAAUGCAGCGUCUGGAUUCUUUCUGAGAAGAGCAACUUUCUCCACAUGAACACGGAAACAAAAGAGAUCCUCCAUCCACACCCAGCCUGGGCACCUCAGAGGUCAGGAUGACAGCCUUCUUGCUGGCCAACACCUGCUGGAGCAGGGGGUACAGGUCCCGGCAUCUGAUCCUCAGUGGAUGGGUCUGCAGCCAAAGCCUUAAUGGGCUCUCUUUUGAAGGGGAAAGAAAGAAUUUCAAGUUAACAAUAUCCAACGUUAUUAUAGCUGAUGAGUUAGUAAAUUCCAAAAAGAUGAUUUUUUAUGUAUGACAUUAAAAAAAAAUCUUUGUAAAGUGCGCAAGUGCAAUAAUUUAAAGAGGUCUUAUCUUUGCAUUUAUAAAUUAUAAAUAUUGUACAUGUGUGUAAUUUUUCAUGUAUUCAUUUGCAGUCUUUGUAUUUAAAAAAUCUUACUGUUAUGUUUGUAUAAUAGAACAGUAAUCAUUUAUUAUAACUCGGACAAGGUGUAAAUAAAUUCAUAAUUCAAACAGCCAGUAUAUAUGCAUAUAUGGGUGUUACAUUGCAAAAAUCUCUAUCUUUGUUCUACUCACAUGCUUAAAGCAGUAAGGAAUCUUUUGUGGAUAUGUAAUUAUACAUAUAAAGUAUAUAUAUAUGUAUGAUACAUGAAAUAUAUUUAGAAAUGUUCAUAAUUUUAAUGGAUAUUCUUUGGUGUGAAUAAUUGAAUACAAAGUUUUUAAAAUA